GGUUCACGCCUCAAAUAUCUGCAACAUCUAGAGCUGAGCUGAUCUAAAGCCAGGAACUAGGAGCUUCUUCCACAUCUCCCACACGGAAACCAUGAGCAGAGGAGCUCAAGUGCAUGUUUUUUGGGGUGCUCCGGUUGGUCCCCUGAAAAUGACAGUAUCACAAGAAGCAACGUCUCUAAUGCCCACCCCUGAGCCCUGGCGGGAAAUGCAGCUUCCACAGCGUGGCGGGAAGGAUAAGAACCUAGCCCACGAGAGUGGUGGGUGUGCUCACAUCCCAGCAGAGCUUCCUGAUGGCCCUGUGUUAGUGAACCUCGUAAAUAGAUCCAUUCCUGAGAAAGAUGAAUUUACGCAUUCUCAUUCUGAAGCAGGGAGUGCAAAAUCUGUGAAGAUCCACCUGUCAAAGCUGAAUGAUGUGACUAACCCUAAGGUACAAACACACGGAUUUCAGCAGUUAACAGAAGGGGGAAAGUACCCUGAGCCGCAACAGGAAAACAAGAAAAUUACAAGUGAGCUGCCUACUAACCAGGCCUGCAUGAGUGGUUGGGGCUUUCAAACAGACGACGUGAGGUUAAAUCCCAAGAGUGCUGCCAUGUCCAGUGUGCCCUUCAGUGCCCAGCCAGUCGCGAUGGGGCCAGGCACUGUGGAAACCCAGCAGGAGCCAACAGCACAUUAUGAUGAUGUGCAAACCCCAUGUCAGGUGGUUGAGCCAGGACCUGGGGGAGCCGGGCAGACGCUCUCUGAGCAGCACGUGUCUGCCGCCACUGAGUUUCUCAGUGUGAUGACCUCCAGCCAGCUGGCUUUUUUAGCUCUGAGGAAGGAUGAAGGGCAGACAUCUGUAACUUCAGUGACUGUGAACAUGGAGAUUGAGCCAGAGACCAGACCGGGGGAAGUGAGACAAACUGCAGACCAGGAGAGUCAAUCCAGUGCCAACUCAGCAGAAGGAAGUGGGAAUGGCCAAAGCCAAGCCCACUCGCUUGAACUUUUCAGUCCCAUGUGUGCUGACACAAGGAGCAGCCACACUGACCUCAACUCUAAGAAAGCUCUUGUUGAAAACAUAGGAUCCCAAGAGCUUUUCAGCUCCGAGGAGGAACCGCUGCCCAGUGAGGUGGGGAUCGAGCUGUGUGGCUCCGGAAUACUCUGCUCCCAGCGAAUCACCUCCUGCAGGAGUGCGGCCCAAGGGACCCAGGCUCCAAAAGACAGGGCUGCCCCAUCUGAUGCCCCCCGGGCACCUAAGAAAAGGAAGCUGGCUUCUCCCACAGCCAGCUGUGCCGUGGCAGUGGGCCAGCGGACUGCUUUGGUGUCUAAGGGUGUGAAAAAGACAUCCUUAAUCAAAAGCUGUGACUCCAAAAGUCACAAGUAUAAUUGUUUAGUCAUGGUGCUAGCUCCAUGUCACCUGAAAGAGGUCAGCAUCAAGUCGGGCCCCAACGCUGGCUCUAAAGUGCCCUUAGCGACAAUUGUGGUAACAGAUCAAUCAGAAGUCACCAGAAAGGUUUCCCUGUGGAGGACUGCCGCGUUUUGGGCACUGACAGUGUUUCUUGGAGAUGUGAUUUUACUGACAGAUGUUACCAUUCACGAAGAUCGGUGGGCGGCUGAGACGGUGCUCCAGUCAACAUUUACCAGCCAGCUGCUGAAUCUCGGCACUUACUCAUCAGUGCAACCUGAAGAAUAUUCCAAUAUUGUUAGUGAUGUUGUACUUAGAGACUUACUGGCAUAUGUGUCUACAAAACAUCCCUAUCUCAGAGACCUACCUCACAGACGGCCUCAGAAGGUGAACAGCAUAGAGUUCGUAGAAUUGGAGCAACUCCAGUCUGAUACAUUGGUCCAUGCAAUGGUAAAAGUUGUGGAUAUCACAGUACUUACAGAGGCUUCCUACAGUUACAGAGGACAGACGCAAAGGAAGGUUGUGUUAACAGUGGAACAGACCCGGGGUCAACAGUACGUGCUGGUGUUGUGGGGUGCUGGAGCAGUGUGGUACCCUCAGCUUCAAAGGAAAAAAGAUUGUAUUUGGGAAUUUAAAUAUCUUUUUGUUCAGCGUAAUUGUGUACUAGAAAACCUGGAACUGCAUACCACACCCUGGUCAUCCUGCGAGUGCUUAUUUGAUGAUGAUGUAAGGGCGAUUACAUUCAAAGAAAAUUUUCAAAAACGCACACCCUCCUUUUUGAAGCUGUCAGACUUAGCAACUCAGCUACAAGAUAAGCGUUCAGGAGUGAGCCUGAUAAAAGCCCGGGUUUUAGAGCUGGUGUUUCCUGGCGCAGCAGCUGAGACAAUCACCCUGAAUGCGCUCACGUCCCUGCACAGGGUCUUCUCUUGUCUUCCCCGGGUCACAUACACCGGCUGUGCCAAGUGCGCAUUGGCACUAGAGAGAGAUGAGAACAAGAUCUACAAGCAGUGUUUUAACUGCUUGCCAUGUACGAUGAAGAAGGUAUACUACAGGCCAGCCUUGAUGACCGUGGCUGACGGAAACUGUAAGGUUCACGUCCAUGUUGGCUCGGAGCUGAUGGAGAAGAUGCUGCUCAACAUCUCCCCAGACUGCCUUGACCGAACAAUAGUGCCCUCCUCAGAGAUCACCUAUGGGAUGGUUGCUGCAGACCUGCUGCACUCCCUGUUGGCUGCCAGCGGGGAGCCUUGUGUGUUGAAGAUUCAGAGCCUUUUUGUGUUAGAUGAAAACAGCUUCCCGCUGCAGCAGGAUUUCUCCCUGCUGGACUUCCACCCCGGCAGCACGAUGCCUGGCACGUGGGCCCUUCCUGAGGCCUCGAGAAGACAUGGCGGCCCUUCCAGGAGGAUAUGCUGAGAUGACCUGUUUCCUGAAGUAAAUGAAUUGACUGGGUUUUUGGACUUUUAAACAAAUAUAUUUUAAAAACAGAGUUGUGUUAA